AUCGGAAAGACAAAUCUCCCAAACAAAACCAAAACAAAAAUGUCACCGUUUAAAUGUCAAAGUUCCAUGUAAGAAGUGUCAACACAACACCAAAUUUUAACUUAGCUGAAUUUAAUAAUUUAUUAAAUGAAAAUGGCAACACUACCCCCCAGGAGAAACCCUACACCUACAAAAAUAUCCAAACAGCACCUGACUCCGCUACAAAUUCUCCUGCAGAUGGGAUUUCCUAAACACAGAGCCGAAAAGGCUUUAGCCGCCACGGGUAACAGGGGUGUGCAAUUGGCUUCAGAUUGGUUAUUGGCUCAUGUAAAUGAUCCAUUGUUGGAUGAUAAUUCGCCAAGAGAGUACAUUUUAUAUGCGUGUCCCACAGGACCCUUUCUGGAACAGUUACAGAACUUCUGGGAGAAGUCACAUAAGGAAUGUGCCUGGAAUGGAGCGCACAAUUUUACGCCGCACAUUACGCUAGUUUCGUUUUUUAAGGCGCCUGAUGAAGACGCUCCACAUUUGGCUCAAAGUCUAAAGUCUGUAAUGGAAAGGCAAGGUGCUAUGUUGAAUGAACCUCUAAAACUAGAGACGUAUACAUCUCCCAAUUUUAUGGGGUUUUUUGUGGCGGAAGAACAUGCUGAUUACUUAAAAAGGAUUGCCAUGCAAUAUGUUAAAGAAGUCUCAAAUGCUAUUAUUAGUGACACAUAUGAACAUUUCGAUGCUCUAACAGCCUGUUUUCCUUGGUGUACCACAACAACUGCUCGAUGCAUUCCUCGGGGAAGUAGAUCUAUAAGUCUUGAGCCCCACGUGAAAUCUCUCCAUUUGACGUUGGCGUACCAAUUUCCCAGCAUCCACUACACCCACUUAAAAUCCCUCGUAGACGAACUCGACCCUAGCGACUCCGCCAGCUGGGAAUUGCGCCUAUACUCCCGCGAUCCUCGCGUAAACGGUAAACAAGUCCACAAAGUGAUCCACCCCUAUCAACCAACCGAGUGUGACGAAUUAGAUCUCCGCACCGGCGAUUACGUCUAUAUAAGCAGCGAGGCCCUGGCCAAUUCGCCCGACGGUUGGGUGGAGGGUACUUCUUGGUUGACUGGACUGACGGGACUCUUACCGGAGAGUUACACUGAAAGGACUGCGGAAUCCGAUGCGUGGACUCUACACAAGAAAGUGCCAUUGAAUCACAUUACUCAACCGGAAAUUAAAUACGCGUUACCCCAAAAACCACAUCAACAAUCGGUGGAGAUGGAGGAGGACGCCUCUAAGCAAAGUGCCAAGGGUGAGAGUGAAUCGAAGAACGGAGACGAAGAUUAUUGCUUUCCGGCGUCUCCGAGGAUUGAAAAUUUGUACGAAAAUGUGUUCAAAACGGGGCCUCAACAACAGGCACAAGAUAAGAAGUCGCGAAAACUCUUCCUGAUGCGUCAUGGUGAACGAAUCGACUUCACAUUCGGCGUCUGGAUUCCCUACUGCUUCGAUGAGAACGGCAGAUACACCCGCAAAGAUUUGAACAUGCCAGCCACAGUACCUGACCGAUCCCAAGGACCCGCCGGCUACACCAAGGACACUCCCUUGACCAAUGUUGGCGUCUUCCAAGCCAACACAGUCGGCGACGCCCUCAAAGACGCCCAACUCGACAUCGCUUACGCUUACUCGUCGCCAUCGUUCCGUUGCGUCCAAACCUGCGACGCCCUCCUCAAAGGUUACAAUAAACGAGACGAAAUCAAAAUUAGAAUCGAACCCGGGUUGUUUGAGUGGAUGGCCUGGUAUCCAGACGGUUUGCCAGACUGGAUGACACCGGCGGAAUUAGCCGCAGCCGGAUACAACAUUGACCUGAAUUACCAGCCGUUUGUAACGGUGGCAGAACUGAAAGACGCUAGGGAAACUUGCGAACAGUAUUAUUUACGAAAUACCUUCGUUACGAGAGGAGCUCUUAAUGCUCAUUCCAACGGAAAUGUUUUGUUUGUGGGCCACGCGUCCACUUUGGAAGUGUGUUCGAGGGAAUUGAUUGGUAAGAAGCCAAGAGCGGCUUACGAAAUGACGGAUGUCAUACAGAAAGUGGCCUAUUGUAGUUUACUACAACUGGCGCAAGAGGGAGACAAAUGGGAGAUUUCAGAACUGCCUUUCCCUCCUAUCACGCAUACAACCAACCAUAGGUUCGAUUAUAAAAUUUUCUUGAAUUAAUGAUAUGAAACGGUGCCCUCCAUUAGUGGAGCAAAUCUAAGAAUUCAAAAUUGGUGAAACGUCCACUAAUGUUUCACUAACUUUGAUAUUUGAAAUUUGCCCCAGAAUGUAAUCCACUUACCAAAGAACGCCUGCGUAGUUUAUUAUUGCUAUAUUUUGGUGCAUAGACUUGGUACAAUAAGAAUAAAGCAUUAACUGUUGUGUAAAGCUGAAUAAAGAAAAACUUGUUUCUUAGUAAAAAUAUGCUUUUAUAAAAAUUUAC